UUCCAGACAUCUAAGGAAACUCAACGAGAUUGGAGGUGUGGCCUCGCGGGACUAAGGAGUGUCAUGCUGUCAGGUUUUAUGACUUGCCUCAUUGGCUUUUAGAGCUACUUGAACAACCUGUGAAUUCGCUGGGUUUCAUUUGUUUUUUAACCGCAAAAUGAUUAAGAAAGGACUCACUGAAGAGGCAGUAUCUGCAGCAUGCAAAGAAGGGGACCCGAUCACUCAGGACUUCAUGAUGCAGCAAACCAUGCUGAGGGUGAAAAACCCACUCAAGUCUUUAGACUUCUACACACGCAUUCUGGGAAUGACGUUGCUGCAGAAAAUAGACUUCCCAUCCAUGCACUUCACAAACUACUUCCUGGGUUUUGAGGAUAAGAAGGACAUCCCUGCAGACAUAAAGGAGAAGACUGCAUGGACUUUCUCUCGACGCGCCACCAUUGAACUCACACACAACUGGGGCUCUGAGGCAGAUGAAUAUCUAUCUCAUCACAAUGGAAAUGUUGAACCAAAGGGUUUUGGGCACAUUGGUAUUGCUGUACCUGAUGUUUGUGCAGCCUGCAAAGUAUUCGAAGAACAAGGAGUUACAUUUAAAAUGAAGCCAGGCAAAAUUAAGGGACAGGAACUGGCAGUAAUACAGGAUCCUGAUGGAUACUUCAUUCAGAUUUUGAGCCCGAACAACAUGUUCUCUAUGACACCCCCCAACUGGUAGGAAGAGUGAAACUGGGACGAUAUAAACUGACUGGGUCAGGAUAGGACUGCAAUAGAAACAAUUUAAGAAUGAAGUUAAGGGGUUAUAAAAUUAAAUUAAGAUGCAGUGUUUGUUUACAAGUGGGAUCACAAGAGAACUGCAGAGCUACUAUGGACACCCAAGCCAAAGGAUGGGAUAGCCUUGACACAAUUGUUGGAGUUGUUUGGAUGGAAAAACCGACUCUGAAGAUUACCGGAAUCAUUCUAUUUAAUUUCAAUAACUCAAACGUACACCAUUAGUUAAUUUUUUUGGGGGGGGGAAUGGGGGGUUAAAAAUUGUAUAUGUUGUUCUUUAGAUGGUAUUUUACAAAGUUGUGUUUGUCUCUUUUCUCAUUUUACGCACAUUGCUAAAUCUCUAACAGAUAUGAGAUUAUCUUAUGGUUCCAAACAGCACCUCUUUUUCUCAAUAUACGUUGGCUAUGUACAGUAUUUCAUGCUGCCCGGCAACAAAAAAAACAAACACCAUACCUGUUGAUUGAUCGAAGCCACUUUGGGUCUGGUAUCUCUUUAUAGAAUAAUAAUAGUUAGCCAGUUGUGGGUAGGCCUUGCAAGACACCCCCUCCCAAGGGAAGCCAGUUUGGAUAUGGCUAGCCAGCUAAAGUUAGCCUAGUUCAUAUAAAGUUAAUACUUGUACAUUUAUUAAACACAUUUAUUUUCUCUUAUAUUGUCACUGCUGUAGGUUAUAAGAAUAGGUGGUUUAUGUUUUAAUGGUGACAGAAUAGUGAAGUCUUGCUCCAACAUGUAGUUUUGAGAUGACUGAAACGUGAAUUUUCUCAACCAGUAUGUGUGUAAUUGUUGUCUUUUACUCUUGGGCAAAGUAUUGUGCAUGUUUAGCCAACGAAUGACGGUUAGAUGUUGUAUUAAGGAUAUUUUCUUUAACAAUUUGACUUUCCCAAUGAUUUUACCUCUGCUUCGCCACUGUUGCCCAGAUCUGGAAAAUACAUAUACUCUUGAAGAGCAGUCAAAUGUUGACAUCUGAUGGAAUGAUCCUAAAGCCACUGGGAAUGACCUGGCCUAAUGCCACUGUUGUCUAACUCUGAUUGAAAUGAUUUCAGCUUGUCAACAUAUGAGAUGUAAGAGUAAGACUUGAUAUAAGAGUAAGAUGUGUUUUGUGAUUAUGAAAAUGUUUGAUAUCUUUAAUUUUAGCUCCUGGAAUAUGGGAGCAAUACUAUAAAAUUGCUUAAUAUUUUGAUCAGUGUGUUCAAUAAAUGCUGAUGUGGAUCAUC